CCAGGGUCCCCGAAGAGGGAAGACACAUGAGGAAACAGUCACUGUCCUCCGGGGAUCAGGGAAAAGGGGUUGGCAUAUGUGCGCAAGAAGAGCUGUCUGGAAGAUGUCAGCGACCAGGUGGCUCAAAGACAAACUCUUCCUGGCCCAGGCUCCUGCCUAGACACAGCACCAUGCAUCUCCUUGGUCCCUCGCUCCUGCUUCUCGAAUACUUGGCUUUCUCUGACUCAACCUGGAAGUUUAAGCAUCCUGAGACCCUCUAUGCCUGGGAUGGAGCCUGCGUCUGGAUCCCUUGCACAUACAAUUGGCUAAAAGGUGGUGGACACACCCUAGAUAACCUGACUGUGUACCACAAUUUUACGUAUGACAAGGAGGCCAAGCACCACAAGGGGACCAUCCUCUAUUAUAAGAACCUGAAAGCCAAGGAGUCUACCCCCAGUCAGGAAAGGGUACGGUUCCUGGGAAACAACAGAAACAACUGUACCCUCCUCAUCAAUCCUGUCAAGGUCAAUGACAGCGGCCUUCUGGGGCUGAGGGUGACAUCGGGGCUUGACAAAUGGAUGGAGUCUAUAGCCCUCAAUAUCUCUGAGAGGGCUCCUCAACCCCACAUAGAGCUCCGUCAGGAAAUCUACGAGGACCAGGAAGUCACUGUCACCUGCUCGCUGAAUUUCGCCUGCCGUGAUUACCAGAUCCAUUUGCAGUGGUCCCUGGAGGGGUCUGUGACCACCUAUACCAUCCUCUCCCCUGAGAUGGUCGCCACCCAGAGCCACCUCAGUUUCCAGCCCAAGUGGACUCAUGAUGGCAAGAACCUGACCUGCCAGCUCUGGGACCCCAUGAAACAGCGGGUACUCUCGGAGAAAACGGUGUUGCUGGAAGUGAAGCACGCACCAAAGUUGGAGAUCCAGGUCAGCCCCGAAGAAGCCACCGUCACAGAGGGAGAGUCUGUGACCAUGAGGUGCCAGGUCACCAGCAACCCGCCGCACUGGAGUGUGUCCUGGUUCAAGGACGGGACUCAACUGGAGGAGCAGGGGACAACACUCACUCUGCCCGAAGUGACCAGGACAAUGAGCGGGCAGUACACGUGCCAGGCCUCCAACGAUGUGGGCCCAAGACAGUCAGAUGCGGUGGAUCUCCAGGUGCACUAUGCUCCAGAACCUUCCAGGGUUCAGCUCUCCCCCUCGCCAAUUAAAGAAGGAGUUACAGUAGAGCUGGCUUGUGUAUCAGCCGCCAAUCCUCCUCCAGUGAAUUACACCUGGUAUUUCAAUGAGCAUGAACUGCCUGGAAAGAACGGCAGGACCUUCCAGAUCCCUCAAGUCCUCAUUAAGCAUGCUGGGAAGUACUCCUGCUUGGCAGAAAAUAGUCUCGGGCCUGGAUCUGUUGGCCAGGAAGCUGACUUGGACGUCCAGUAUCCCCCCAAGGGGGUCACCACGGUGAUUCAAAACCCCACACCAAUUCGAGAAGGAGACAGUGUGACCCUGUCCUGCACCUUCAAUUCCAGUAACCCCAGAGUUACUCGAUAUAACUGGAACAGUCCAGGCUCCCAGGACCAGAUAUCACAGAAGCUGACGAUUCGAAAAGUCGCCUGGGACGCACAGCCAGUCAAAUGCGAAGCCUGUAACCAGUGGUGUUCGUGGUCUCCCUCCGUCAACCUGAACGUCCUCUAUGCCCCCAAGGACGUCAGCAUCCAGAUCAGCCCUCAUACGGAGAUUCGAUCUGGGAAGCGGAUCCUCCUCCAGUGUGAGUUCUCAAGUAGCCGUCCCACGGACGUCCACGUCUUCUGGAAGAAAGAUGGAAGCCUUCUUCUGAAGGCAGGGAAGACACUUACCUUUGACCCCAUCUCUCCAGAAGAUUCGGGAACCUACCACUGCUUGGUCAACAACUCCAUAGGACAGACCUCAUCUGAGGCCCGCGAGCUCCGAGUGAUGUAUGCUCCCAGAAGGCUGCAUGUGUCCAUCAGCCCGAAAGACGGCGUGGUGGAGGGGAAGACGGCAGUCCUGACCUGCGAGAGCGACGCCAACCCUCCCACCUCCCACUACAACUGGUUUGAUGGGAAUAACCAAGACCUCCACCAUUACGGCCAGAUGCUGAGGUUGGAGCCGGUGAAGCCGCAGCACGCAGGCAGCUACUGGUGCCGGGGGACCAACCGUCUGGGCCAGAGCCAGUCACCCCCGACCACCCUCACUGUCUACUACAGUGCUGCCACCAUCAGCCGGCGUGCGGCCUUGGGAGUGGGGUUCUGCCUGGCCAUCUUCCUUCUGGCCGUCUGGGGAGUCAAGCUUCAGCGGAAUUGGAAGAGGAUUCAGAGACAGCAGGGCCUUCAGGAGAGUUCCAGUGGACAGAGCUUCUUUGUGAGGAAUCUAAAGGCUAGAAGGACCCCCCAAGCCGAACGCCCCCACUCCCUGGGGUGCUACAACCCGGUGAUGGAAGAUACAGUCAGCUAUGCUACCUUGAGCUUUCCUCUUGGCGAGACUGACACGCAGAGACUUAGAGACGCAGGGAGCUCAGAGAUGCGGGAAAUUCCCCCAAGCAGGGACGACAGGGUCACCUAUGCUGUGGUGCAGAACAGUCAAGUGGCCGACUAUGAGAACGUGACUCCGGAGGUCCUAGACGAUGAGGGCAUUCAUUACUCGGAGCUGGUCCAUUUUGGGAAAGGGAAGCGGGCCCUGGCCCAGGAAGGAGUGGAAUACGUGACCCUCAAGCACUGAUGGGCCGAAACCUUCUCAGCCCCUGCUGCUCUGCUGGGGCGUUAUACACGUGCACGCAUGCAAGGUUACUGCAGCCCAGCUGGUGCAGAGAACUUUGUACGUGGCCCAGACACAGUCUCCCUUCUUAGCACUGGUAACCUGCCAAAGGGUUCGUUCCUGGUCCUUUCCUCCCAGCGGCUCAUCUACAUACCUACCCUGAACUGUACAAAUCUUCCCCCUGGCCCUCCCCAGCCAUCUGUCACCACCUGUGUGUGUGUGGUCUGUUAGUCGCUCAGUCAUGUCCAGCUCUUUGUGACCCCAUGGACAGUAGCCUGCCAGGCUCCUCUGUCCAUGGGAUUCUCCGGGCAACAGUACUGGAGUGGGUUGCCAUGCCCUUCUCCAGGGGAUCUUCCCAAACCAGGGAUUGAACCUGGGUCUGCUGCAUUGCAGGCCAAACCUUUACCGUCUGAGCCACCAUCUGCCCCCUCCCAAACCCCAUCCCCUAGAUGGCUGUGUCCCCGCUGGGAUCAGAUGGUCAUUAUUUUUAUUUCUCUCUCAUCCCAUUCCUUUGACAAGCGACCCCUGCUCUGAUAACUUCACUCACUAAUAUAAUGCCUAAUUUUUGCCUCCGGGACAAAGCCCAGGAAAUGAGGAACAUAAACGAGGUAGAGAGAGGCACUGCCCUGGGCCAGUUCCUCCUCUAGGAGGCUUUCCACAGAGAGGAUUAUGCUGCUGCGGCCCCUGUCCUUGGAGGUCUCGGGGUCUGAGACGUACACCGGUGUGGAUACACAUGUAACAGACACAGAGCUGCACAAUAAACCUGACUCAGAUAUGGCA